GUGUUAGUCGCUAAUUGAGAUCCACUCGGUACAGAAUUUCGAGACGACGAAUCGUUCCGCGCAUUUUCUAAUCAAUCUCGAUGGCCUGCUGAAAGAAUCUGCGCCUCAAGCUGAGCUGUGAUAAAUAAAUCAUCAUUUGAAUAGAAAUCGCCACCGUACCGAAAAUAGUCGCCCUCAAUUGUCCGCGUUUAGUGCGUCUUUAGAGAAAUGCAUUCCCUGGUUUUAUUUGGAUUUCUUUGCGGUGGCCUGAUGGCCUUUAGUUGGGCAGCAGUCACAACCCAACCGCCUCCAUUGAUUCGAACUCUGAGCGCUGGCGGAGAUAUAGGACCUCAGUUUGAUGUGGAAAAACCCAAGGAACCCGAAGAUGCGGAAUUCUGGCACAAAGUGGGUCUGCGGCAGCUAGAGAAGACCAUUAAGCAGGCGCAAAGGGUGAAGGAGGAUUCCUACCAGAAGAAAGCGCGGAAUAUCAUCAUCUUCAUUGGGGAUGGUAUGGGAAUCUCCACAAUAAGCGCUGGUCGCAUCUACAAGGGCCAGUAUCUGAAGCACGGCCACAGCGAGGAGGAAACUCUGGUUUUCGACGACUUCCCAAACACUGGAAUGGCAAAGACCUACAAUGUGGACAAACAGGUUCCGGAUUCGGCGGGCACGGCCACGGCGAUCUUUUCGGGUUCGAAGACCCAUUACGGAGCAAUUGGAAUGGAUGCUACGCGCUCGAAGAAGAACGGCCAGCAGGGCAGGGUGCAAAGCGUCAUGGAAUGGGCACAAAAGGCGGGCAAGCGCACUGGAAUUGUCACCACCACCAGAAUCACUCAUGCCACGCCCGCUGCCACCUACGCCCACAUCUACGACCGCGAUUGGGAGUGCGAUACGGAGGUUCCCGCCGAAUCUGUGGGCAUUCAUGUGGACAUUGCUCGUCAGUUGGUGGAAAAUGCGCCGGGAAAUCGCUUUAAUGUCAUCCUCGGCGGCGGAAUGUCUCCCAUGGGCAUCCUGAAUGCCUCGGAGGUGAGGAGUACGAACUUCGAAGGACCCACCGAAACCAUUUGCAGUCGAGCUGAUAAUAGGAACCUUCCUGCCGAGUGGCUAGCUCAUCAUGCCAACGAUUCAGUGCCCGCGGCUUUGGUUCACAACCGCAGGGAUCUCCUGAAAGUAGAUGUUGAGAAAGUGGAUCACUUGAUGGGUCUGUUCCGGAACAAUCACAUCACUUACUCGGUGGCCAGGGAAGAGGGAGAGCCUUCGCUGCAGGAAAUGACCGAGACAGCGCUGGGAAUCCUGGAGAGGGGCGAUGAGUCCAAUGGUUACGUUCUCCUCGUCGAGGGAGGCCGCAUCGAUCAGGGUCACCACAUGAACUACGCCCGUGCGGCGCUCCACGAACUCUACGAAUUCGAUUUGGCCAUCCAAGCAGCCGUGAAUAACACCGAUCCCGAGGAGACUCUGAUCCUGGUGACGGCAGAUCACUCGCAUGCGGUCACUUUCAAUGGCUAUGCCCUCCGAGGAGCCGACAUCCUGGGAGCAGCCAACUCGCACGAGAAAAACGAUCCCAUGGUCUAUGAGACCAUCUCGUAUGCCAAUGGACCCGGCUAUUGGGAUCACUUGGCCAACGACUCAAGACCGCAAAACAGUUCCAAUAUGUGGAUGCCCCUGAAGCAAUUCACCGAGGAGGAGCGGGCGGCUCCCACCUACCGCCACUUGGCCACAGUUCCCAGGAAGGACGAAACGCACGGCGGCGAGGAUGUGGCCGUUUUCGCCUAUGGACCCGGUUCCAGUUUAAUUCGCGGCGUCUUCGAGCAGAACUAUCUGGCCUAUGUGAUGAGUUAUGCGGGCUGUUUGGGUCCCGCCAAGGAUUUCGAUGAUUCCUGCGAGGAUCAGAAGGAGGCGACGCAGAAACCCACCAACCAGGGCAAAAGUAGUGCCACUGUUUUAAGUGCCUCUUUGAUUGCCAUUUUGGCCACUGGCGCAGCGGCUUUUCUACGCGGUCACAUGCUGUAAUUAAUGUUGUUUCGAUUAUGUGUGUAUAUGUAAUUAAUGAUUAUAAUCUUACGAAUUGUUGAGUUGAAUGAGAGGAGGCGAGAGAAAGGAGUGAUUGUUGAUCUUUACCAAAUAGAUACACUUAAAAAGUA